AUUUCUACUAUCAGAGAAGGGAAAUGCUUUUCGUGCAAUCUUACGUUAACCACCUUCCACACCUACGAAACAUAGUCUACAUUCACACGUGCCAAUCUGAUCAUCCAAACCUCAGGUUUUAAUUCAAGACAUGCACAAAGUCAAAAUCACAUCAGGUGGUAGACAUGGUUCCUUAUUCCAGUUAUCACCGGCAUAUCAAGGUUGUGGUGGAAAUGAAAGCUGAAUUGUGAAUAAUGAUGAAGACUACAUCAGCUAAAAAUAAAACUGUAUCAGCACUGCAAGUCUGAAAAGUUUAAAGCAAUGGACGAAACACAAGGCCAGUAUUGUUCUUCUUCCAGUUUACCUGAAUCUGCUUUAUAUCAUGGCAGUGGUGGGAGGUCUUAUUUCAAUGGACAAGUGAAUCUCGGGGCUGGUUUAUCAGGCCUGAAGAAGAGAGGUCAUGGAAGUCGCUCUUGGAUAAAAAUUGGUCAGGAUGGAAAUUCUCAGACUUUGACACUUGACAAGGCUACUAUUAUGAGACAUUGUUCUUUGCCUCCCAGAGAUCUGCGACUAUUGGAUCCAAUGUUCAUUUAUCCUUCCACCAUAUUAGGACGGGAGAAGGCCAUUGUAGUCAACCUUGAGCAAAUCCGGUGUAUAAUCACUGCUGAUGAGGUCAUCCUCAUGAAUUCAUUGGAUGGCAGUGUUGGUCAGUACAGGUCAGAAUUAUGCAAUCGGCUUCAGAAAGAAAAUUCUGAUGAUCUACCUUUUGAAUUUAGGGCAUUAGAGUUGGCUCUAGAAUUGACAUGCACAUCUUUAGAUGCUCAGGUAAAAGAACUUGGAAUGGAAAUAUAUCCCGUGCUAGAUGAACUAGCCUCAUCUAUCAAUACUCUCAAUCUGGAACGUGUUCGAAGAUUUAAAGGUCAUCUCCUUGCUUUGACUCAGCGAGUUCAGAAGGUACGUGAUGAAAUAGAACAUCUCAUGGAUGAUGAUGGUGACAUGGCUGAGAUGUGCCUGACCGAGAAAAAGGGAAGAUCAGAUACUUACCCUUUAAAUGAUUGUUUUCAAACUCUUACAUCAUGUAGUGGUAGAGUUAUUUCAAAAUCAGCUCCUGCUUCACCAGAGCGGUCAGUUAGUGGCAUCCACAUGUUGCAAAGGGCUUUCAGCAGCAUUGGAAAUUCUAGUAAACAUGGUAGUUUAAUUGGUUCAUCUGAUAAUGGGGAAAGGAUUGAGCCGCUGGAAAUGUUGCUUGAAGCCUACUUUAUCGUCAGUGAUAAUACUCUUAACACAUUAUUGUCGCUCAAAGAAUACAUUGAUGACACGGAAGAUUUUAUCAACAUAAAAUUGGGAAAUAUUCAAAACCGCCUAAUACAGUUUGAGUUGCUCCUUACAGCAGCUACAUUGAUAGCUGCAGUAUUUGCUGCCGUGGCAGGAGUAUUUGGAAUGAACUUUGAAACCACAGUUUUUGACUAUCCAUCUGGAUUCAAUUGGGUUUUGGUAAUUACAGGAAUUGCUUGUGCAUCGUUGUAUUUGGCCUUCCUAUUCUAUUUUAGGUACAAGAAAGUUCUUCCAGCAUAAAAUUC